AUGAAGAUUAAAUCGAAGAUAAUCGAUUUCUGUAAAAUCGUACGCAAAUACGGAUUGGAUUAUUGUGAACUUGAAGAUAUGUUAAAGAACGUUGCAGUAUUAUUGAGAACUGUUACAUUGAACAUUGACAAAUGGAAUAUGAAACCAAUUCCUCUAAUCAGCUAUAUCUUUACAAUACUCGGGUUCCUGUGCUACUUCUACAUCUACCUCGUCUCCAUGCUCUGGUGCGCGUUUGUUCGCUACAGGAGGUCUGAUUACUUCCUGGGAUCUGUUCUUGUGUUCUCUCUCGGCGCUUACACGGAGUCCUGCGCGAUACGAUUGGUGUUUAUGGUGAUCAAUGGUAAAACAAUAAGAGAAGUUGUGGAGAGAUAUCGAGUAUGUAACAAACAAAUAGAACCCGGCACUCGACUGUCAAGGAAUAUUCUGAAGCAAUUGAAAAUAGUGAAGAAGAGGGCAACUUUUAUAUGGCUAACACUCGUAAUCAAUGCUUAUUUUUAUUUAAUUCUGCCAUUUUUCUUACCGGGAAAGCAGUUUGCUGAAAAUACACUUAUAGUUUACGGUCUAGAACCGAUUACAGAAUCACCCAACUAUGAAAUUGCGCAAGCUAUGUACUGCUUGGCGAUACCAACAGCGACGAACAGUCUCGCAAACUGUACAGCAUUAAUAAUAAUAUUAAUCGGUUACACUGAAGCGUCGCUCCUAGCACUAAGCAAAGAACUACUCAGCAUGUGGAACGACGCAGAAACAUAUUACGAGGAAGGAGAUCACACAAAUUCCAAGUCGAAAAUCAUGAACGAGUUCGUAAAUCGCCGCCUGAUAUUCAUCAUAAAACUGCACAACGAAAACAUAAUUCUCAUAAAGCAGCUAGAGUACGUACUACGUGUGAGCAUGGCGUUAGAAUUUCUAGUACUAAUGGCUGGUAUGAUCGCCGCGCUCUUGGGAGGCAUCGAGAACACAUAUUUGGAGGUGCCGUUCGCUUUCGCGCAGCUUUUCAUGAACUGCUAUUUGGGGCAAAAGACAAUUAACGCCAGCAACAGUUUCGAGACUGCAGUGUACGGUUGCAAGUGGGAAAACUUUGAUAAGGCGAACAUGAAAACCGUUCUCAUCGUGCUGCAGAACUCUCAAAAGACAUUGCAACUUUCCGCGGGAGGGGUCGCCAUCUUGAGUUUCGAGUGCUUGAUGUCGGUGGUUAAAUCUUGCUAUUCGUUUUACACGACGUUGCAAUCAACGCUUAAAUGAAUUCAAUCAGAAUUUAGCUUACACGUAGAUCAGUUUACACACAUAUCUACAUACAUAUAUUUUGCAUCAUUUCAAAAUAUUUUCUCCCAAUAAAAAUACGUAGAUAUUGUCUAGUUUCCGCUUUUCUUUUUCUGGUAAAAUUAAUAAGUGUCUAAAACCGUACAAUAUCUAGGUAU